AUGAACAAUGAAGAAAAGGCAGACUUGGCUUAUGCUCAAUCAGUGGGGAUUGUCAACAAAACCUUUAAAUUGUAUCGAUCGACUCCACUGUGCAACUAUAGUGCCGACCGACGCAAACAGAAACGUCUUGAGAAAUCACUUUUACAAACCCUGUCAUCUCGACUCUGGUUCGAUCCUGGAGAUCAGUCUGGAAUGGACAUUCCAAGCAUGACAAACUCAAAUAUCACGACAUAUAAGGGCAUCAUUCGGUCUGUCAGUUAUCGCCAACUCCUGAUUCCAGACUGGCCAAGUGAUGGCCACAGAGAACCUAUUGAACUCAGGGUUGAGCUAAUGUCAUAUGACAAGAAUAUCCAACCUGUUCAUCAAGUCAUUUUCUUUCCACCUCACAGAUCCGAACCUCCUGUAGCAGAGGGCUUGACGUCUUUUCCACUACUGUUGGUCAAGGCAACCAGUGGAAUUGGAGAAAUUAUUAUCAAAUGGUUACAAGGUGUACACGACUGCGUGAUCAAUCCUUUCAAUGUGGCUAAUAAGGAUCUCGAGGAAUUUGUUAAUACUUGGACAUCCUCACUCCUAAAUAGGCCAGCCCCUCCAGAGGAGAGAAUUGAAGUGGCCGGUACACGCAUGAACCAACCCCGGCCCCUAGAAUUGGUGUAUGGACUUCCUGGUGUAUUCCAUUUGACAUCCAUUACCAUAUCACUUGAACCGAGCGAACUUCGGCAUAUGUUGAGAGUUGCUCUUGCAAGUCGAGUAACAAUGAUGGACGCCAUCAAAGGCCAUAUUUUACAUACUAUGAGUCUAGAUGUUCAGGCUCUGAACCUAGUAAGACUUGGGACACAUGUUGCCUACUUGACUAAUGAUGGAAAAAUAAAGCUUAUUCCUAAUGCCGAGAGAAGACAGACCAUUGAGAUCAUUCGCCGUUUGACUGACCUAGCUAGCUAG